AUGGUGUUGAUUAAUGGUGUCAAGUAUGCCUGCGAAAGGUGCAUCAGAGGCCACCGCGUGACCACCUGUACCCACACCGACCAGCCCUUGACCAUGAUCAAGCCAAAAGGUAGGCCCGCCACACAGUGUUCACAUUGCAGAGAUAACAGAAAGAUCAAGAACUUGCACGUUUCGUGCACUUGCGGCAAGAAGGGCAAGCCAGCUUCUGCCCACCUGGCAGGGUGCGCCUGCCAUAAAACCAACCACUGCACCUGCUCGUCGGGACCAGUAAAGAAGAGCGCGAAGGAGGUGAUCCCCGAUAACGGCAAGAUGAAGAGCCUUUUGGAUAACGACUUACGUAAAUUCUCGGUGUCAUCGCACAACUCAAACUCAAACCCAAGCGAUACGUCACCAGGCAGCAUUCCUGGCAGCAGCAGCAACCGGCCACCAUCUCCCGGUUCAGUGGCGACGACAACAACAACAACAUUACCACCGUCAAACGGGGGUUACCAACAACAGCAACAACAGCAACAACAACCGGGGUCUCCAACAAUGGUGAAAAACCCGGAACUCAACCAGAAUUUUGUUCUUGAAGACGUGAUUAUGCCAUUCGAUACAAGAAACGGGCUAUUUGACUUGUUCCCGCGACACGGCCCCUUUGAACGCAGUCCCACGGAAAACAGCCAAGAGUCAAGCUCGUUGGUGCGAGACUCGGGCAAGGAAAACCAUAGGGGCGGAGACCAGUCUCUCCCGGCCUCGUACUAUGCUGGCCAGAUUGGCGACCCAACCAGAAUCCCUAGCGGUGCCGACGAUGCCGAUUGUGCGUUUCCCUUGUUUCCCUUGAUUGGAGGCCAGAGCUUUGACAAUGAGAACCAGCCGCUACUGGGCUUGCCUCCUGAUGUAAAGAGGUCUUUGCCUCAACAGCCAAUCCCACUUCGGCCCUCUUUGAGUGACCACUUGAACAACAAUUACAGUUCUCAAAGCUCGCUUUAUUCUGCAAUCGAGCAAAACCCAAUGAACCAAAACAAUAUAAAUCAUAACCAUCAACAACAACAGCAGCAACUCCAGCAGCAACCGCAACAGCAGCAGCAGCAGCAGCAACAACUGCGACCAAAGCGUCCCGAAAGUGUCUUGUCUGUUGCCUCCAAUUCCUCGUCGAGAUCGUUUGACUUUAUGGGAAACAACUACCAGAACCCCAACAACCCCUACCACAACGGAGGAUUUCCUCUUCCUUCCAACUCAGCCGCGUUUCCUCCAUCCAACGGUAUAGAUGAAACCGCGCAACCACACGCGUCCUACGAGGACAACUUGGGCCACCCGUCUCAUUUCUCGAGAUCGGCCUCGGGCGCCAAUAAGUUUGGCUCGCAAUUGAGUAAGAUUGAAAGUGAAAUGUACACGGAAACCUUCCCCGAUGAUGCCUUGAAUGGGCAAUAUGACGAUGUCUUGCACCAGCUAAAUUACGAGAACCCCGGACCCAUGCAGCGCAACAUGUCUUCGUCGUCGUCAAUACCCAACUUUUACAACGUCGAUAGCAAUGGGCACAAUUAUACUGGCCAGGGUUCUGCUGCUGCUGAUAUCGCGUAUGGAAAUGGACACAAUCUACCUCCAUAUAACGAGGAUCCUGGAUCAGAUAUGCCUUUUGAUAAAAAUGCCAUCAUGUCCUACAGCGAUGACAUGCCUUAUCGAGAGUUGAUGACGCCCUUAAUGGCUAAAAAGGAAGACGGCGCAGGAGGGGAAUAA